CACGUGCAGAAACUCUAGGCAACCUUCAGCAACUCUCAAAAGCUUGACUGAAUCACACCCUCAUGAACAACACCUUCACCUUCCCGAUUCAAAUCCUUGGUCAACGCAGAUUUCUACCGCCCUUUGAGCUUCCCACGUGUUAUCUUGGAUGCUCCCCAUUUAUCCGCUUGCUCGUCUCUGAUACAUGAUAACGCUCUCCUCACCCCGCGUUCACAGAUAAGCACCCGCACGCAACCCACCUCACAAACUCCCAGCGGGCGCAUCGAUAAAGCCGAGCAUGGGUACCUCAGUCUCGCAGCGUGGCGGGCCUGGCGGUGCGAAAAAGGGAAUUGCGAGGGUUGGAGGCAAGACGGUCAUGUCGGGAAAGCGACACAGGAAGAUCCUGAGGGACAAUAUCCUUGGGAUAACCAAGCCGGCGAUUAGACGCCUCGCCCGUCGUGGUGGUGUCAAGCGAAUCUCGGCUGCCAUCUAUGAUGAUGCCCGCGCCGCUCUAAAGGACCGACUCGAAAUGAUCCUCAAGGACUGUGCCUUGUAUGUUGAAUACCGUGGAGCCAAGACGGUCACCGUCUAUGAUGUCAUCCAUAGUCUGAAGCGGAUCGGUCGACCUAUUUAUGGAUUCGACCCGGAUACUUACAAUGACCGUAAGAAGCCCAAGAACGCCGUCGGACCUGCCUCUGGCUACUCUUAGGCGAUGCAAGGAUCACCUGUUCGAGGUUGAAUGAUACCCAUGGUUUGAUUUUUCAAAACGUUGUAUUGAUGGAUGUUGGUAUUCGGCUUGACUUGUUUCGUCGCGAUGGUUCGCCUUGGAAGGGGAGAUGGUAAUGCGCAGAUGGCAACGAACAGAUGUAAGAUUGUCAAAGGGAGACACACUCGACGCAGCAAGACAUGACCACCAAGGUGUUUGGGAGUUGAAUUUGAAGUCAUUAUC